GGAAGUCUUCACACAUGCAGGUCUCAGAGCUCCGCAGACCGCAGGCACCUUGAGAGGAUCAGCUUGACGGAGCUGCACUUCCUUCCCCUGGACCACAGCAGGAAGGUGACAAUCUGCAGCAGCGGAGCAAGUCGCCCUCAGCUUCUGCACUGCGAGUCAUCUUCAGCGAGGACAUGAUCUUUUAUUGUACGUGAAAUAAGUAUCCCUGUCACACAGAGAAAAAGGAAGAUGCUGUUUUGGUUGUUGGCUCUCCUGUUCCUCUGUGCUUUUCUGUGGAAUUAUAAAGGGCAGUUGAAGAUAGCAGACAUUGCUGACAAGUAUGUCUUCAUCACCGGAUGUGACACGGGCUUUGGAAACUUAGCAGCCAGAACUUUUGAUAAAAAAGGCUUCCGUGUCAUUGCUGCCUGCCUGACUGAGUCAGGAUCAGCUGCUUUGAAGGCCAAAACCUCAGAGAGACUCCACACCGUGCUUCUGGAUGUCACUGACCCAGAGAAUGUCAAGAAGACGGCCCAGUGGGUGAAGAGCCAUGUAGGAGAAAAGGGUCUCUGGGGUCUGAUCAAUAAUGCUGGUGUUCUUGGCGUGUUGGCUCCCACUGACUGGUUGACAGUGGACGACUACAGAGAACCCAUUGAAGUUAACCUGUUUGGACUCAUCAACGUGACACUGAAUAUGCUUCCACUGGUCAAAAAAGCUCGAGGGCGUGUUAUCAAUGUCUCCAGCAUUGGAGGCCGGCUUGCAUUUGGUGGAGGGGGCUAUACUCCAUCCAAAUACGCAGUGGAGGGUUUCAAUGACAGCCUAAGGCGGGAUAUGAAAGCUUUUGGUGUGCAUGUCUCAUGCAUUGAACCAGGGCUGUUCAAAACAGAGCUGGCAGAUCCAAUCAAGACAACUGAAAAAAAACUGGCCAUUUGGAAACAUCUGUCUCCAGAUAUCAAACAACAAUAUGGAGAGGGCUACAUUGAAAAAAGUCUACACAGACUGAAAAGCAAUACCUCCUCGGUGAACUUGGACCUCUCUCUAGUGGUAGGGUGCAUGGACCACGCUCUAACAAGUCUCUUCCCCAAGACUCGGUACAUUGCUGGGAAAGAUGCCAAGACAUUCUGGAUACCUCUGUCUCACAUGCCAGCAGUUUUACAAGACUUUUUAUUGCUGAAACAGAAAGUAGAGCUGGCAAAUCCCAAAGCUGUGUGACUCAACUAACCACAAAUGCCUGCCCCCAGCUUCGAGAUUGGCUGAUUUCAGAGACUUGGCACCUCAAUCUCAUUCUUUACCAGACCCAACUCGGACUCACUUAGACCAGGUUUCCGUUUUUAAAAGAAGAUAGUCCAUAGUCUCUUCUUAAGUCUUCUGUGAAAAUAAGGACAGAGAAGGCCUAUCUCAUAAGCCAGUCUUGCCAGAUACUGAAGCUUUACCUGAUUGGUAAGAUGAAAGAGAAAUGGAAAGACUUCUCCAUCCAAAAUAGGUGUGCUGCUACCUGCCCCUGACUGGUUCAGUAAUCCAGAUUGCUAAGCAUUGUCGCUUAUUGAAAUGUUAAGUGAUAAGAAGUCUUUAAUAAGUGGAUCCAAUGGCUCUGUUAUCUGGCAGAGAAGAAGACUCAAUACAUUCUGAUAAGCUUUGAUAAGAACAAGAAAGAGAUAAAAGGUGUUACCACGCAGAGCACUGGUAUGAACUGAGAGGCGGUUAGAAACAGGGAAGAAAUAGAAGGGCAGAAAAAGACAAGGAAUGAAAGGUGGGGACACGCCAAUACAAGCCUCAUACUCCAGAGGGACACAGAGGACACACUACUGCUGUUACCGUGAAGUCACUGCAUCUGGUCCUAGCCCUAGAGGUACCUCACCAGUACCUUCAUCAGUCAGCUGCAUCACAGCGGAAGCACACCAGUUCUGUUGGCUACAGCUGCUCCUCAUUACAAGGCCAGGUUCUUGGCUCCAUCUCAUGGCUUCAGACUCUGUGGCUUGCUUACUGCCCUUUGACUUUCCCGAUGUCCAAAGACUACCAAGAUUUGCAGAAUCCCAAGGGAAUUCCUUUAUUGAUCUUCCAAUCAUGCUAAUCCAAUCGCUCAACCUUCUAAUUCUGUCUCUGUUUUGCCUCAUCCUGAGAUGCUUUCUAUUAUUCUUAUCCCUUUAAGUAGCUACAAUUCGCUUACUCUUUCUUCCCAUCAAAAACUAAGUGUCAUGCAGUCUACCAUUGAGCGCAAGCUUGCCAGCUGCAGCAUCUGUGUUAGCAGUGUGCCAGCUGCACUUCUGUUAAGCUCUGAGUACUUCCUUCUUAGCUGUAGCUCCGCCAUCAGCCUUCCCACAGAGAAGGCUCGCUCAGCAGAACAAGGUGGCUGCUCUUCACUUGUUGGUUCGGAGAUACUGUGAAGGAGCCUGCUGCAUAUGUAAACUGUCCAGACGAAAGAGAAUCUCUUCCAUUUAAACUAUCUUCAAGACCCUAAACCAUCUGUGGGUAGCUCAGCCUAGUACAUAAUGAAGAAAAUUCCCAAGAAGCUGCUAAGAAAAAUGUUCAAGUUUUGCCUUUCUCUACAGUAUUCAUCCCAGUAGUUCUCGGGGGUAUAAGACACCACAGGCUCAUUUAUGUAGAAAUGGCCAAACAUUCGCAAAAUGAAAAACUCUGCUACCUACAGGUGAUUUCUAUCGAUUUUACUCUAAGCGAUGGCCUCCUGAAUCCUUGCCAAAGGAGACAGUUCUGUUACACUUGCCCCUAACUCUGGUUUCUUUCACCCUUCUUUUUGUCAUGGAGGCUCAAAUCCAGAAUCUCGGGCAUGGGCCCAUGCUACACCACUGAGCUACACCACACCCCAGUUCAGGAUUUAUUUUU